AUGUCUUUCGGAAAGCUGUACACAUUUGAGGCCAACCCGCGGUCGACGGCCACUCUGGCCAUCGCCAAGGCCAACAACCUCGACAUCGAGGUUGUCCUUACCAACCCGGCCAGCCCGACUCCCGAGUACCUGAAGCUGAACCCGCUCGGCAAGGUUCCUACCUUUGUUGGCUCUGACGGCUUCGUCCUCACGGAGUCCAUUGCUAUUGCCAUCUACGUGGCAUCCCAGAACGAGAAGACCACACUGCUGGGCAAGACCAAGCAAGACUAUGCCUCCAUCCUGAAGUGGGCAUCAUUCUUCAACACUGAGGCUCUGCCGAACCUUGGUGCUUGGUACAACCCUCUUCUGGGCAAGAAGCCCUACAACAAGAAGAGCGUUGAUGAUGCGUCCAAGGCGGCUCUGAAGGCCUUCUCCGUUGUCGAGGAGCACCUUCUGCACAACACCUUCCUGGUGGGUGAGCGCAUCACGCUGGCCGACCUGUUCGCUGCCGGCAUCACCCUGCGCGGCUUCCAGUUUCUCUUCGACAAGGAGUGGCAGGCACAGUACCCCAACGUCACUCGUUGGUUCAUGACCCUGUACAACACCCCCAUCUUCUCGUCUGUGGCGUUCAAGAUCGAGUUCCUCGAGAAGACCACCCUGGUCAACCAGCCGCCCAAGAAGGCCGAGGCACCUAAGGCCGCGAAGGCUGCCCCCAAGGCUGCUCCUAAGGCUGCCGCCAAGGAGGAGGAGGAGGAGGAGGAGGCGCAGGCACCGAAGGCCAAGCACCCGCUUGAGCUUCUGCCGCGUGCCACGUUCCCCCUUGACGAGUGGAAGCGCCAGUACUCCAACCUUGACACUCCUCUCGCCGUGAAGUGGUUCUGGGAGAACGUCAACUUCACCGAGUACUCCAUCUGGAAGGUGGCCUACAAGUACAACGACGAGCUGACGCUGACGUUCAUGUCCAACAACCUGAUCGGUGGCUUCAACAACCGUCUGGAGGGCUCGCGCAAGUAUCUCUUCGGCUGUGCGUCGGUGUACGGCGAGAACAACGCUUCGGUCAUCGAGGGCGCCUUUGUCAUCCGCGGCGAAGACUACCUGCCAGUCUUCGAUGUCGCUCCGGACUACGAGAGCUACGCGUUCACCAAGCUGGACCCCACCAACGCUGAGGACCGUGCGUACGUUGAGGCCCAGUGGUCGUGGGACAAGCCUGUCGUUGUUGACGGCAAGUCCUACGCUCACGCCGACGGCAAGGUCUUCAAGUAG